GAAUGUACAUCGUCAUUCUUAUUCUUUGUAUUUAUCGAAGAAAUGGCAGGACGGCGAACCAUGAUACUUGCCACUGAUCUAUAUAACUUUUGCGGUGAAGUCAUUUAACAUUUUAUUCCAGAGUGAUAUGAUCAACUCGACGAUAAAGGGUAGCGAAUUAGUUUCUCAAGAUCCAAGUCAACUUUUUACACAAUUUAAUCCAACUCUAUAUUUUGAUCAACCUCAACUCGUCACUGAUCUGUCUUUAGCAACUGAUGUUGAUACUACAGCGUCAUGGUAUACGAUUAUAGAGCAAUUAGUUCCUUCUGAUCGAACUACUUUUUGGGAAACCAUUAGAAGAUGGACAGCUGAACCUCAAUUUGUCAUACCACCUAUCGAAAAAGCAAAUAUCAUAUCAACCACCACCAAUGAUACUAAUCAUACUGAAGAUAAUCAAGACAAUUUGAUAGCUUUUGAAACUGUGGUACGACAAUUGAUUCCAAAACGCAAAUCCAAAGAUACGAUAUUAUCAGAAACUAUUCGAUACUAUGAAUAUACUACAAAAGGCUCAGUAUAUGAAGGAAGGGUGAUCUAUGAACCGAGUAUGACAAAACCGACAGAUAUAUUACCAUUUUACUAUCCCAAAGUACGAGCAUAUAGUUUUACUUAUACUUCAUCAAACAUUGAUGGUGACAGUAGUGGUAUCCUCCGACUUCAAAUCUUACCGAUGCAACUCCGGGACGAUCCUAAGAUAACCGAUCUCAAAAUGCAAAAGGCCUUACAGGAUAUUAUUCACAAACUCUUCAAAUGGUGUAUUCAAGCACGGAUUGGAUAUAAGAAAAAAGCUCAUCAUGAUAGUUUGGUAUCCAAAGAUAUAUAUGUCAAUAAAUAUCAAGAAAUCAAGACUAGAUAUGCCGAUGUACUGGUCAGAGCUUGGACUGAAAAGACCGAUCCCAAGAAAUUUGUUUAUGAAGAUAUUGCUAUUGCAAGUUAUUUGAUAUGCUUAUGGUUAGAAGAAGAGAAAAAAACAAAACGUAAACCAAACUUUGUGGACCUUGGAUGUGGAAACGGCUUAUUGACAUACUUAUUAACGAGUGAAGGUUAUGAUGGAUAUGGAGUCGAUAUGGCCAAUCGUAGGAUAUGGGAGAAGUUAUCUGAUGGAAAACCUGAUAUGUUGAAAGUGGAAGCAUUAUAUCCAGCAACGGUAACAUAUGAAGCAGAUUGGAUUAUUGGGAAUCAUGCAGAUGAAUUAGUACCAUGGAUACCAAUCAUCAGUACGAAAUCUGGAAAUCAUUGCAAAUUUCUUGUGAUUCCGUGUUGUAUGUAUGGAUUAGAUGGUAGUCGAAAGCUGUCGCUGAUGAAUGAACCAGGGGGAAAAUAUCGAGCAUAUACGAAUUAUAUCAAGUCAAUAGCAAAUCAAUGUGGAUUCCAUUGUGAAGAAGAUUACCUAAGGAUACCCAGUACCAAGAAUAUUGCUCUGAUUGGACGACAACGACUACAUAUGGUGAAUCCAAAAGAUCUUGAAGCCAUUCAAGCACCGGGUAUUGGAUUCACUCUACGAAGAACUGACCGCGAAAAGGAGGAGUUACGACGAUUGGACAGUAAACGGGCUAAAAUAGUUCCUAAUUAGUUGGUUAGGCUUUUGAGAUAAUGAUGGGUCUUGACUUCUCCAUAUAGAUUUUUUUUUUUUGGUACCUUUGAUAUUUUUAUAAUAAAACAGUCCCUUUAUUUUUUUUUGAUUCUCCUUUUUGAUUG